AACUCCAAGAUGGCACGAGUUUGUUUUUUUUUUCUGCCGGUUUUACGAGUUGGAGGGGUCUUAACUUUUUGGCGGUGUCGGCCCGCUAAUGUUCCGUGCAUUGUUUUACACUCUUACUUUACUUCAAGCAACUAACCUAGCCCACUACAACGCCCCAUUUGCAUGCGACCGUUUCCCUUCAGAUUGUAAGGUAAUUUACAACCGGCUUUUCUCCUAUCGUUUACAGAAUCAUCAUAAAAGAAUACCGGUCUUCCAAGACAUUAUUCAAUUCCCCAUAGACAUUCUCACAACAUGGCCGACUCAAAUGCUCCGAAGCCGAGCAGUAGUGUCAAGCUGGUGCUGCUUGGUGAGGCCGCCGUAGGAAAGUCUUCGCUUGUCCUGCGAUUUGUCAACAAUGAUUUCCAAGAGAACAAAGAGCCUACUAUUGGUGCGGCCUUCUUAACGCAAAAAUGUAAUCUACCUACGAGAACGAUCAAGUUCGAGAUUUGGGAUACAGCAGGCCAGGAGCGUUUUGCUUCGUUAGCGCCUAUGUAUUACCGAAACGCCCAAGCUGCGCUCGUCGUCUACGAUCUCACGAAGCCAACGUCACUCAUCAAAGCCAAGCACUGGGUAGCGGAACUGCAAAGACAAGCGUCGCCAGGGAUAGUCAUCGCCCUUGUCGGUAAUAAGCUGGAUCUUACCAAUGACAGCGAAUCCGGACAGGCCGAUGGCGAAGUAGCUGAUGGAGAAGAAUCCGGGGACGCCCGAAAGAUUUCCACAGAAGAAGCAAAGACGUAUGCCGAGGAGGAAAGCCUGUUAUUCUUCGAAACAAGUGCGAAGACAGGCCACAAUGUUUCGGAAGUCUUCACUGCGAUUGCGAACGCCAUCCCCGAAACGUCAUUAAAGAGCACGAGAGGUCCGGGAGCUUCUAGCGCGGCCAACAGGGGUGGCGAGGAGCAGAGGGUAAACUUGAAUGGACCUCGAGAAGCAGCAAAGGAAGGGUGUGCAUGUUGAUUUGUUCAUUUCUCCGAAGGGAUGGUAGGGAGUGUCGAUGGUAGUUUCAUUACGGUCAUGACUACAUUUCACCUUGUAAUAUGGAGCGAUGGUUCAUUGGGACUCGGUAUCUGAACUUUGUUCGAUGAGUAUUUUUUUGUCUUUCUUUUUUUUGUUAUUUGCGAGCAACAUACAGCGCAAGCCCUGAAGUAGACAGACUCCCCGUGACGAAUAAUAAGUGCAGACUUUAGAGUAGCACACGAGUCGGGUGCGACCCCCUACGCAUUAUCGUAGCAUCAGACUAUGUAUGUUUUUCCAUAUAUGCGUUGGUAGAAUUUAUUGUCGCGUGUAACACAUUACAAUAUAAGAUAUAAUUGUACAGCUUUGUCUCAGGUAAAAUGAGAUGGCUACAUACGUGUAGGUACUAAGAUGCCUCGUACAUACCUCAAUGGAUUGCUAAUGCAGAAGUCUCACCAAAGUAUGUCGACUUUGUCGUGUGUUUUGAGCACAACAAAACUAUUAAAAAAAACAAAUAACUAUCAUAAUACAAAUGCUCUAUAAUACCUAACAUAAAGUGUCGGUUUAUAAGUUUUUGAGGGUUUUCCUUGGGUGUUUUCUUUCCUUAAAGUUGGCCUUUUAGACAUUCUUUAGUACUUACAUCAUUAUCCUAAGCUUGAGUGCAUAUUGGAAGUUAUUCCUACAUUCCUA